UUCAACUAAACAAAAGGAAAAAGUGAACCCAAGCUGCUAAUAUUCUUAGAAUAACAUAAAUUUAUUAGUGUUUCGUGGUAAAAAUUUAGAUAAUGAAGAAGAUAAUGAAUGAAAUCUCCGACCAUUAGCACUUUUGUUUCUGUCUGACUUUGUGUUUGAGUGUUUCUUAAAUUAGUUAGUGUCGUGAUAGUUUCAUUACGAAUAAUUUACGUAAAAAAAUAUAAACAAAUUUAUAAAAUGCCAAAAAUUGGGUCAAGUCUGUCGUCAAAAAUUAAAACCUGGAUAUCAAAUUACCCGGAGUUGAAAUCUGAUGGAAAAUCUGUUUUCUGCGCUUCUUGUGAAAAAUCAAUCGGAUGUGAAAGGAAAUCUCAAAUUGAUGCUCAUUGUAACAGUGAAUAAAUUAAAACUAAAAAAAAAACAAACCGAUACAACAACAAAUUACAGAUUCUUUUGAAACACCAAGCAGUCAAAACCAAUUUUAUAUUGAUUUGUGCCAGGCUUUAGUAGGAGCAAAUAUACCAUUUUUCAAACUGCAGUCCCUACCGUUUAGAUCCUUUUUACAAAAAUAUACAAAUAAAAGUAUACCUGACGAGAGCACACUCAGGAGAAAGUAUCUGCAAGUUUGUUUCGAUUCGACUAUGGUUAAAAUUCGUCAAAAAAUUGGAGAACAUUAUAUAUACGUCAUAGUCGAUGAGACCACUGAUGCUAGAGGACUUUAUAUAUGUAACCUUUUGGUUGGAAUUCAUCACCAGGAAAUUGAUCACACGCCAUUUUUAAUUGCCUGUAAGGUUCUCCCUAAAACAAAUUAUGACACUGUCUCUCAAUUUAUUAACGACAAUCUGAUGAAUUUUUUUUACAAAAUUCAGAUUAUCAGUAUAAAGUGCUUCUCCUUGUAACAGACGCGGCACCUAAUAUGAUAAAAACUGGACAAGCUUUGAAAACAUUCUACCCAUGUACUACCUACUGUGUAGCCCACGGGUUAAAUAGAGUAUUAGAAAAAUUCCGCGAAAUUUUUCCAGAAGUAAACAAGCUGGUAAAUAAUGGGGAAAAAAUAUUGCUUAAAUCACUGCACCGAGUAGAGGUAUAUAAAAAUAUUAUGGAAUGUGAACUAUCACCAGAGCCUGUGAUCACAAGGUGGGGAACAUGGUUGGAAGCAGCUUUAUUUUAUGCCGAAAAUUUUAAUAAAUUUAAAAUGUUUAUUAAUGCAUUGGAUGAAGACGUACAGACUAUCAAAAAAUUGAAGAGAAUCAUAACUUCGGCGUUAAUAAUUUCUGAUUUGACUUUCAUAAAAUCACAUUUGUCAACUUUUCCCCAGUCAUUAACUCAGUUAGAAACCCGAAAUAUAUCCCUCAAUAAACAAGUUGAAAUAUUUGAAACUAUAGGAGAAAGUUUUAAAAAAAUAAAUAACGAGAAAGGAUAAAUUAUAGCUCACAAAUUUAACUCCGUUGUGGAAAAAAACACAGGUUACGCUCUCAUAAAAAAAUACAACGACUGCAUAAAUGGUACGAAAAAUAUAAAUGUUGAACAACAGCCUGCAAUCGUCGCUUGCUACAAAAUGAGUCCUAACACUUGAAAGUAAAACUAAAGUAAAAGUUGAAGUAAAACGAACAUUUUCUAAAUUAAAAGACGUAUCGAGUGAUAGAAGGCACAA